AUGGAAAUUAGAAUAGUUGGUUUGGUACGAAGUUGGGACUUUCAUGCCGCUCAAUACCUUGCUAAGGAUCUUUACGAGUGCUUUCCUAGUGUCUUCAAACAACCAAUGUUUGAUGCAUUGUACGAACUGGAGUGGGUGGAGUUCUUGCACAAUAAGAAGCGAGAAUUAAAAGGCGAGUAUUGGGCAUUUAAUAGUGCUGUAUUUUGUUUCUGUGAUGGCAAGCCAAUUGGGAACUUUGUAAAGCUCCAUAGUUGGGCAAAGGAGUAUUAUUUUCUGCAAAACUACAGACCUCGCAAUUUUUACGAAAUGUUAGCCUAUGACCUAUACAGGGAAAAUCUAAUGCAACGAAAUGUAAGGACAAAUUCCUCUAUGUCUCAGCGAAACUAUGUUUCUAUGGCUAUUACAAUUGGGGGCGAUUCAUGCGGAACUCUACUCUUCGAGCUUUACUCUGAUAUUGUGCCAAAGACCUGUGCAAAUUUUAUGAAGUUAUGUACAGGAGAGCUAGGAAUCAUACCUAAAAACGAUUGCGAGAACUACCGCAUGCACUACUUGGACACUAUAUUCUUCAGAGUCGUACCCAAUGGGUGGAUACAGGGAGGAGAUACUCUUUAUGGCAGUGGAGAUGAUGGCUGCUCCAUUUACGGUGAUAAUUUUGAAGCGGAAGGGCUGGAUAUUCCUCGCGUGACGCCACGUUCAAUUUUAGACGAGAAUUUUGCAAUCAAACAUGACAGACGUGGCGUAUUAAGCAUGGUAAACAAAGGUCGGCACACAAACUCCUCUCAGUUCAUGAUUAUAUUCCAACCUGCACCGUGGAUGGAUUACAGAUACGUGGCCUUUGGCCAGCUCUUGGAAGGUUCCGGUACUCUUGACGCAAUGGAGAAAGUAGAAACUAGGAACGACCGGCCAUGUCGGGAGAUAAAGAUAGCAGAAAUCAAGGUGCUCAACCCGAAGGAUAUCCAUUCCAAGAUAUUAUAA